UUGUAAGUAAGCAUUUCACUGUAAGGUCUACAUCUGUUGUAUUCGGGACAUGUGACAUACAAUUUGAUUUUAAAUCCCCAAAAAACGCAAAAUCUUAAUUUUGAAAAAAACAUAAUGUAUGUGCAAAUUAGCCAUUGUGACUGAUUUAUGAUAGUGUGUCACAAAUAUUAAUACAAGCRCACAGAGAAUUGUCUUGAUUUUUCUUACUGUUGUUCACAGAAGGUAUUUUGUGUUUUCAGUGCCUUUGUUGUGGAGACUCUGCCCUCUAUGCCACAAGGUAAAGGGCCCUUAGUCCUGCGUACCAAUGUCCAGUUCUCUGUCAAGCGCAGAUUCCUCAACAAAUUUCCUGAGCUGAACCGCGCCAUGAAAGUGUACGUGUCCAUCGACAGGGAGGUUCCUCAGAUCAAAGGGUACCGGAGGUUCAAUGUCCUGGGGACCUACAGUAAGGCUAUGAACAUGGCUGAGAGUAUGAUUGGAGGCAGACUUCAGACAUCUGGUGAGCCUGACGUGCGCUCAGUGCAGCCCUUCACCAAAGUGGACCUUGGCCAGAUCCCCYUGCAUGAGAUCAUCAGAAACUUCCAGAUGCUGGAGGCGGAGAAGAUCCCGAAAACCCCCUCUUCCUCUACCCUGACACGCCCAAAGUGGAAGGCUUUGGGAAGUACUACACAGAGAAGAGUGGAGGGGAGCAUACCAGAGUAACCUUAUGCUUAUGGUGCAAUGGAAGUGUGGAUUCUUGAUGCAUUUUAUAGUUUGUUUACAAAGAAUUUGACAUCCUUCUUGCAAGUUGAGAGGUGAUUGAUAUUCAUCUAAAGAAUUUACCUUUGUCUUUUCAGCGCAUUACAUUAAGUACAUAGAAACUAAGCUGCUUUUCAUCACUAAAGAGUGAGUAUUUUUGAAUUUGUUGUCCAGCCCAAGCAUGUGGAUUGUGAGUCACCUGAAAAUACCUACGUGAGCCUCCCUUACCCCUUAUUCUACCUGGGCUUUUGGAACAUAGGCCAUUUUGUGCUGAACGCUCCUAAAAUGAAAUGACUUUGACYCCAUCAAAAUGGUAGUGUAAUCCCACUCUCUCAUUGUUCACCUCAGGAACUGGUUCUGUGUAAUGGCCAUUUAUUAUUGGUUAAUGUAGGAACACACUGGAGGAUAAGUCGCCUGUGUAUUCUGAUAUGACGGAGGGAAAUGGCUCGGGGUCAAUGAACCCAGUGAAUGGUCUGUGUGGAAAGGUCUUCGGUGAGUUGCCACCUCUCCCAGUCAAACCCUCAAUCAACCAAAUCCCUUUUAAGUGUCUUCUGACCUUUUUUCUCAUCAAAUGUCAGUUAUGUGCUCUCAAUCGUACUCCACACUGUCCUUUCCCACCUGGACAAAAGGACCACCAAUGUGAGAAUGCUGCCAAAGCAGCAGCUACUAUUCC